AUGAGUGACGGCGAAUACACCAACAAGACACGAAUGUCGGAAGCUGAAUGUUUCGUGACGGGCACAGACGCUAAGGACGGUGCACUGACAUCGGUGUCGUCGUCACCAAAGACAUUGAAGCAGACCGAGGGGAAUGUGCAACCCGGAGCAAGCGGCAUUGAACGCAUUCACGGAUACAGGGUGUACAAGAAGCAGAGUCCCAACAGCCGGCUGACGCUGUACCUGAGCACGCGCGAGUUCGUUCACGCGUCGAGCCGGACCAGCGUGAGCCCCAUAGAUGGCGUGGUGCUGGUGGAUCCGACCUACCUCAAGGAUCGGCGCGUCUACGCCAUGGUGCUGCUCACUUUCCGCUACGGACGCGAGGAUGAGGAGGUCAUGGGACUCAAGUUCUUUACCGAGGCCAUCUUGGACUUCAAGCAGGUCUAUCCGGAGCCCAGCGCCCCGUCGACGAGCGGUGCUACGAGUGGCGCCGCGGGCGGCGCCGAUGGCAGCGUGGCGGGCCGCGCGCUGGGCUGCGGCGGCGGCGGCACCGGGGCGACCGAAGAGGAGCUGACGCCGUUGCAGCGCAACCUGCUCAAGAAGCUGGGCAGCGACGCUUACCCGUUGACGCUCCGCAUCUCGCCGCAGGCACCGCCCUCGGUGCGCCUGCACCCGGCAAGGCCGUACCAGGGGAGCCCCCUGGGCGUCUCCUACGACCUCAAAGUUUACAUAGGCGAACGGUCGGACGAGAAGCCGCACAAGCGCAACACCGUGCGCAUGGCCCUCCGCUGCGUGCAGUACGCGGACGCGGCGGCCGAUGCGUUGGCUGUGCGGCCGCCCUCAGCCAGCGUACGCAAGACGUUCGUGUUCUGCCCCGGCCGGUUGGACCUGCAGGCGUCGCUGGACAGGGAGACGUACCACCAGGGAGACGUGGUGCGCAUCCACGUCACCAUGAACAACGGCUCCUCCAAGACGGUGCAACGUCUCAAGGUGGCCGUCCUGCAGCAUGUGCACGUUUGCAUGUUCACGCACGGCCGAUUCAAGAACCUAAUCGGCAGCGCAGACACGGGUCCCGGCCGCACCGUGCCGCCAGGCACCACCGUGUCGCGCGAUUUCGAGGUGCGCCUUCAGAGCUGCGAGAAGUUCCCCGUGGCGCUGGCCGUGGAGAGCGAGUUCCACGAGGAGGAUGCGACCGCGUACAGCCUUUCGUCAACCACAGUGCUGCUGAAUCCGCGCGAGAAGAACCCGUACGGGGUCAACGUCAGCUACGAGGUCAAGGUUAAGGCCAUCCUGGGCUGCAUCGACCGGCCACUCGUGGUGCGCCUGCCAUUCCGCAUCAUGCUCCCACGGCCUUCGCAGCACGGCGCGAACCGCACGCCGCUCCCUUCGCCACUCCAGCCCGACGACUCCGUGGACUCUGUCGCCGACUGCGUCUCCGAGGACAUUGGCCGACUGGCCGUCAGCAGCCGACCCGAGGCCAACACCUAGCGAAGCAGGCUGUGCGUGUACUCGGAGCCACCCCGGGACCAUCCACUCUUCAUCUCUCUGGCCCGUGUCUGUUUCGGCUCGGCAGUGUGUGGCGAACCGAGCGCGGCUACUCUUUUCGGGUCGACUAGGCGGUGCCAGCUUGAUCGCGCGAAACAUGGGAACAGAAAGCGGCGUCCGUGGCGUGAUUAACAAAAUGUAAUUCUGCGUUUUUUUUUUUUUUACGUGCCAAAUUCACAAUCUGAUUAUGAGACACGCCGUAGUGGGGUACUCCGGAUGAAUUUGGACCACCUGGUUUUCUUUAACGUGCACCCAAUGCACGGUACGUAGACGCCUUUCCAUUUCGCCCCUAUCGGCGUUACGCCGUAACGCCAAAGCCACUAAGCAACCACGGCGGGUAUAAUGGCGUGACGCUCAUUACGCGUGGGUCCGGCCAUUCCGAAAGUGAUGUCUUGGUUUCACAACAAUGCCUGUGAAUACCGUGAAGUCACCAGUCUCUGUUCCGGCAAAAUCUGUAGGGGGUAUUGCAGUGACGUUUGAAUUGUAGUCGAGACAUUUGCAAGCUAUUACCUAUUUAUGCAGAAAGUCAGUGUUUUUAGAAGUUAAUUUCAUUUUUUUUUUUCUAUCAGUCAUCCACUCUACUCUCAGCUUCUGGUGUUG